AAGAAGCCCAGUACAUUCUGCAAACAGGGGAUAAUUAGACUCCGAAGCGUGAUUCUUUCUUCGGAAUGCUGAUUCUUGCCUUCCAGUCGGUUGUGACGGAACCUCAGUAACAGCGAUUCUCGAGCUCAGCUUCACCUUAUCAUUCACUAUUCGAUCGGAGAUGGGAAAAUCUGCUGCUGAUGAGAAGAUUCUUAGCUAUAAUGAUGUUGUUCUAAGGCGAUCCGACUUGGACAUCCUCAAUGGACCAUAUUUCCUAAACGAUAGAUUAAUCGAUUUCUAUUUCAGUCAUCUUUCCUCCGGCCAUCCUUCUCAGGAAAUUCUACUGGUUACACCUUCAAUUGCGUUUUGGAUGGCAAACUGCCCAGAUAAAGAGAAUCUGAAGGAUUUUCUCGAACCCUUUAAGCUGCGAGAUAAGAAAUUGGUGAUAUUUCCUGUCAAUGACAAUGAUGAUGUGAGCUUAGCUGAAGGGGGAAAUCAUUGGAGCUUACUUGCAUAUGAGAGAAAUUCCAAUGUUUUUGUUCAUCAUGAUAGCAGUGGGGGUAUCAAUAAAUGGCAUGCCAUGCAACUUUACAAGACUGUUGUGGGAUUCAUCUGUGACUCAAAUGUAGAAGGACAUGCCAGGUAUAUAGAUUACACUGAUUCACCACAGCAAGUGAAUGGUUAUGAUUGUGGUGUGUAUGUUUUAGCUGCUACAAGAGUUAUAUGUUGCUGGUAUGAAAGCAGUGAAUCCAAAGACUCCAAUGGCUUGUGGUUUACUUCUUUGAAAGAGCAGGUCAAUCCAUCGGCUGCUGCUGAGAUGCGGAAAGAAAUCCUGGGGUUAAUCGGCGAGCUAAUGGCUGGGAAAUGCACUUCUUCCCCAUCAAAAGAAGCAUAGACGUGAAUUUUACGAGUCAGGAGUUUUAAAAGAUCACUCUUUGUAGGAGCUGUUGAGCAACAAUGAGUCAACACACUUUUGUAUUUUUUGGUACAGAGAUGAAUACUUCUGGUAGAUGACUGACUUCAUUGUUUAAAUUGCAGAAACUAUCAGGAGAACAAUGGAACUUAAUUUUGAGAUGCUCUUGUUGUAGGCAUUGCCUAUAUUACUCUUGUGAUGAACUUGACAACAGUAUGGUAUACUAUCUUUACCUUUGCCUAUUGGCCUGA